AUGACCUUCACCACAGACACUUCAAUUUCCUCUUUUGGAGGCAAAUUGCUCAAAUUAUCGCAUGAUUCCCCAGUAACGGGUACCAAAAUGGUAGUUAAUAUCUACUUGCCUCAUCAGUACUUUGACGAUGAGACUACUAAGCUACCCGUUCUAAUGUAUCUCUCGGGACUAACUUGUACUCCUGACAACGCUUCCGAAAAAGCUUUUUUCCAACCUUAUGCCAAUCAGUAUGGAUUUGCAGUUGUCUUUCCUGAUACGUCUCCCAGAGGUGCAAACAUUGAAGGAGAAGACGAUAGCUGGGACUUUGGUACCGGUGCAGGCUUCUAUCUUGAUGCUACUCAGAAACCUUGGAACAAGAACUACAAAAUGUAUUCAUAUAUUAUGAAAGACCUUAUUCCUCAAAUAGCCAGCUCUUAUGAUACGCUAGACACCCACAAAAUGUCGAUCUGUGGUCAUUCCAUGGGAGGAUACGGUGCCUUGAUGUUCUAUCUUAGAAACCCUGACGUGUUCCAAUCAUGUUCUGCCUUUGCUCCAAUAACCAAUCCGAGUGAGUGUCAGUGGGGUAAGAAGAGUUUUUCGAACUACUUGGGUGAUGAUAAGACCCUUUGGGCUGAAUAUGACCCUUGUGACUUGGUGAAGAAGUUUACUGGAGAUAAGAGGCCCAUUCUUAUCCAUCAAGGAACAGCCGAUGCAUUCUAUGCUAAGGAUCAUCAAUUACAACCUGAAAAAUUGGUCAAUGCCUCCACUCAGUCUCCUUUAAAUGGUAUGAUUGACCUCCAUUUGGUCGACGGCUACGACCAUUCCUAUUAUUUUAUAUCUUCUUUCGUCAAGGAGCAUUGCCAAUUCCACGCAAAAUACUUGGGAUUGAACUAG